GUUGAAAAGCAGUGUGUGCACAAGUCGCCAGUGGUUUUACAUUACCUAGAUGAUUUUCUUUUUGCGGGCAGGAGGGGAUCAAAUGAAUGUCACAUGGUAAUGAAAAGUUUUCAGAAUGCAUGUUCCAGGUUAGGUGUUCCAAUCGCGGUAGAGAAAACUGAAGGCCCCAGUACACUCUUGGUUUUUCUGGGCAUCGAAAUAGACACACAAAAUAUGGUCUUACGACUACCAGAGAGAAAACUAUGGGAUUUGACACAACUCAUAACUGCUAUUUUACAGAAAAAGAAAAUCACAUUAAAAACAUUACAGUCAUUAAUUGGGUCAUUGAACUUUGCAUGCCAAGUGGUAAAACCAGGUCGGGCUUUUAUUAGGCGCAUGAUUGAUGCAACAAGAGGGGUUACAAAACCACACCACAAUAUCCGGGUUACUCAAGGUAUCAAGGCUGACUUGGACCUAUGGUUAGGCUUCUUGAAAUACUACAAUGGGGUCACUGUCAUGCCUGAUUUGUUCUGGACAAGUAGUGACUCGCUGGAAUUUUUCACUGAUAGUGCGGGAGGGAGAGAAAAGGGAUUUGGUGUUUACUUCCGGGGUCAUUGGGCAUAUGGAUCUUGGCCUACGGAAUGGUGGAAAAUGGGGCUGCUUCGAAACAUAACAUUUUUGGAACUGUUCCCAGUGGUUGUAGCAGUAACAAUUUGGGGCAACAGGCUGCAGAACAAAAAGUUGCUAUUUCACAUUGACAAUGAGGCAGUAGUAGUUGUGAUCAAUAAGAAAACGUUUAAAUGUGCCAUGGUAAUGACAUUAUUAAGGAAAUUGGUCCUGAUAACUUUGCGAAAGAACAUUUUGUUAAUAGCCGUACACAUUGCGGGAAAAAAGAAUGUAAUAGCAGAUGCUAUUUCUCGUUGUCAGUGGGACAAGUUCCGGAAGCUGACACCAGAAGCCGACUGGAUUCCCGCCAAGAUACCUCCACAGGUAGGCAUGAAGUGUGGAUUAUAGGAUCGUCAAUUGUACAUUGGGCGGGAAUCCAGGCGCAAACCAGACCAGGUGGAGGUAACCUAGGGUUACAACAGGCGGGUAUAUGCGUAAAAUGGUAUGGGAAUAGGGGAAUGCGGUGGUCGCAGUUGGAUCAGUUUAUCUUGGGCAAGUUGCAACAUCAAAUCCCACCUAAUUCCAUGAUCUUGCAACUGGGGUCCAAUGAUAUGGUUACGGUAAAAAACAGUGUCCUUAUCCAGGAGAUUACUUGUUCAGUUUUGCGACUGAGGUCACUACUUCCCUCUGUAAGGAUCAUUUGGUCGAAUAUGUUGCCGCGCCUCUACUGGCAUGGAGCGGAACAUCCAAAGCAGGUGGACAAAGCUCGGAAAAGG